UAUUAGUAAUAAUUUUUUAAAUAUAAUAAUUUUAUUUCGUAAUUUCAUUUUUAUACAAAAUGUAUACAUCUUUUAGGACGUAAUUAUCUCAUUGUCAAUAUCGAUUUGUUUCUUAUAACAAUAUGUUUACCAAAGUGUUUUAAUUUUGUGUUUAAGAUAAGCACAUAUUAUGUAAUGGAAUAUACAAAUAAAAAUUAAAAUUAAGUAAAUGUUAUAUAUAUGUGUGGUUACUAAUUGAUAAUUUAAUAAUAUGUUGAGAUAAUUAAAAAAUUUAGAUAAAUCAAAUUAUAAGUAAAAAAUGUUCUAUAGACAUUUUCGCGCGCUUUUGAAGCGAUCGCUUGUAUCUUGUAAUAAGCUAGUGUCAAUCUCUGUUUUAUAAUUGUAGAAAUGAUCAAAUAAUUGAACAAAACAUUUUAAGUUCAAUUUAAUUCAUCUUACAACGUAUUUAACAACGUUCAAACAAAUAUGAGUUUAUGGGUGGAUAAAUAUCGUCCGACAACACUCGGAAAAUUAGAUUAUCAUCAAGAACAAGCCGAAUACUUGAGAAAUAUGGUAAAAAAAGGUGAUUUUCCUCAUUUAUUAGUAUAUGGACCAUCAGGUGCAGGAAAGAAAACUCGUAUAUUAUGUAUCCUAAAAGAAUUAUAUGGAAAUGGAGUUGAGAAGCUGAGGAUGGAAUCAAUGGCAUUUGAAACACCAUCCAAAAAGAAAUUAGAGAUAACGACAAUAAGUAGCAAUUAUCAUAUUGAGGUAAAUCCUAGUGAUGUUGGUAUUUAUGAUAGAGUUGUGGUAAUGGAUUUGGUAAAAACAACUGCUCAAACUCAUCAAAUAGAUCCAAGUGGACAAAGAGAAUUUAAAGUGGUACUGUUAACUAAUGUGGACCAACUUACAAAAGAUGCACAACAUGCUCUUCGAAGAACAAUGGAAAAGUAUGUUGCUACCUGCAGAAUAAUACUUUGUGCAAAUUCAACAUCACGUGUUUUACCAGCUAUUAAAUCACGAUGUUUGGGAAUUAGAGUACCAGCUCCAUCAAUAUCAGAUAUAAAAAGUAUUUUACAUUCAAUUUGUAAACGUGAAGGUUUAACUUUGCCAAAUGAAUUAGGUAUUAGAGUAGCUGAAGCUAGUGGUAGAAAUCUUAGAAGAGCAAUAUUAAUGCUUGAAGCUUGUAGGGUGGAGCAGUACCCAUUUACUGCAGAUCAAAAUAUCGCAGAACCAGACUGGCAAGUAUAUAUUCGUAAUACAGCCAAUAUGAUGGUCAGUGAACAAAGUCCAAAAAAACUUCUUGAAAUAAGAAAUAGACUUUAUGAAUUAUUGACCCAUGCUAUACCAUGUGAUUUAAUAUUUAAAGGCCUAUUACAAGAAUGUAUAAAGAAUUGCGAUCUUCAACUGAAAAUUGAAAUUGCGACCGUCGCGGCUGAAUAUGAGCAUAAAAUGCAUAGGGGAUCUAAACCGAUUUUUCAUUUAGAAGCAUUCGUUGCACGGUUUAUGGCAAUUUAUAAAAAAUUUAUUGAUUCAACUCUUGAAGACUUUAUGUAAUAUAUUAAUUUAUGUAUUUACAUGUGCUCAAAAUACAAACUUCUUAAAUAAGUUCUUAUAUUUUUAA